GUUAGUGUUAAAUUCUUAUUGACUAAUUUCAAUGAAGGAAAUCCAACACUUUUUGGUUAAAAAUUAAAAGUAAUUUAAAUAAUUAAUCUAGGUGUAUCCUUCUAAUUAUGAAUUUAUUUUCUUUAGAAAUUGUGAAGAAGGUUAAUUACCAAAGAAUACAGAAGAGGAAGAGUUUUAUUUAGGAAAUGAGGCAUCAUUUAGAUAUAAAGAUAAUAAUUUCAAAUAUUUGGUAUCACCUUCUUAAUAAAUUAUGUUAACAAAUUUAAAAAAGGAAUUCUGUGAAGAAGGUAUUAUUUAUGAUACUUUUUCUAAAUUUGGAUAAAUAGAGAAAAUUAAGUAAUUAAUUAUAUUUAAUAUACAUUUUAGAAUAUUUUGUGAAGAAAAAAAUAAAAACAAAUGUCUCAUCCGUUAUUAAGAGUUAGAUUCAGCUAUGUAGGCAAUGGCAAUUAUGCAUAAUUACGAGUAUAACAAAAGGAAAAUUUAGAUUUUUUUUUCAAAAAAUAAAACUUGAGUUUUUCUUAUUAUUUAAUGAAUUAUUCAAUUUUGAAAUAAAUUACAUUUCUUUUUGUAAGAUCAUUUUAUUAAUGAUAUCAAUAAUAUCAAAAUAUUUAAGUGAUUGA